AUGAGGAGAGGAAGAUGUUUUUCUAGCGUGGUUUCCUCCACAGUCGCGGCGCAUCUUCCUGUCAUUCGUGACUUCUGCAUAGUCUCAACAAUAUUUCCGCUUGAAGAUAAUUUCUUUAUGACUAUGGUAUGUGUAACUUUUCUAUUAUUGCAAGAAGUUCAUCAUUGCCUUCAGGGAUUCCUGGGCCCAAUUCUUCGUUCAUGGCAUUGUUUGCAAACACUGUCAUUUGCUUGUAUCGUGCCACCUCACUGGUCAUUUCAUGAUGACGGGAUACAUGAUGAUGAUAUAAGCUAUGACAUUGGCGGCAUCUUGCCACCAGUUGAAGAUGGGUUUCUUUGGUCUUUGGAUGAUAUGCCUUAUAUUGCCACGGACGACAUGCGAGCCAAAAUAUGUGACGCUCUAGAUGAGAGUAUCAUCGACAGCAAGGAUUCUAACAUUGUCAUGCGCCUUUGGGAGUUCGUUCACGAGAAGAAAAUGGCCAGGAUAAUACGCCAUCUUGGGGAAAACUUCCAAACUUGGAAACAGUCAAGAGGGGUAUCCCCUGUCGUUUACUGAUUUACGGUCGCGGGAAUUGGGCAUGCGCUGGUUAUGGAGGAUCUUCAGACAUAACAACUCUAUUCAGAAUGGUGGAAAGGAGCAAAUAUCUACCAUACGUUUGGUAUCAGGAAGGCUCAGCUGGCAAGGAUGUUGUCAUGAUGCGGGUAGUUCGCUGCCUGAGGUGCUGGUGGGGGAGGAGCUCGCCUACUCACAGCUCAUGCGAAAUAGGAAACCCCCUCGAUAUUGAGACAGACAACCAGUCUUGCGGUGUAGAUAUUCAUUCGACGAUGUUUGAAAUUCAGCAAUCGUAGCGCCAUGCAUGUCCUUAUAUAUACUUCAGUUUUAAUUUUGCUUCUUGCGCUU